AUGACCCUUUUUCCACUAGUGUCAGGGUAUCACCAAAUCAGUUUGUGUAAGGCCGAUAGAAAGAAGGUCGCCUUCAUCACAGAAACAGGGGUGUACAGUUACAAGGCUAUGCCGUUUGGGUUGAAGAAUGCAGGAGCAACCUACCAAAAGCUGGUGGAUAGGGUAUUUGCUUCUCAGAAAGGGAGAAACAUAGAAGUAUAUGUGGAUGAUUCAAUAGUUAAAAGCCGAUUGGCCAGCGACCACAUUGAUGAUUUGAGAGAAACCUUCGAAACACUGAGGAAGUUUAGGAUGAAGUUAAACCCCAAGAAAUGUGUAUUCGGGGUCCGAUCAGGAAAGUUCUUGGAUUUCCUAGUAAGCGAAAGGGGAAUUGAUGCCAACCCAGAUAAGGUAGAAGCAAUUAUGAACUUACCAGAGCCCGGUUGCAUAAAAGACGUGCAAAAGUUAACAGGAAGAAUGGCCGCAUUGACCCGAUUCAUUAGCAAAUCAGCAGAUAAGUCGUUGCCCUUCUUCAACGUAUUAAAGCAAAACAAGAAAUUCAAGUGGGGAGAAACAGAACAAGCAGCUUUUGAGGCUGUAAAACGGCACCUGCAAGCCUUACCCACGAUAGCCCGACCAGAGGAGGGAGACACGCUGCAGCUAUACAUAUCCGCUUCUCAGCACACAGUAGCAGCAGUACUGAUCAUAGAGAAGGAUAAAGCACAGAUACCGGUGUACUUUGUCAGCCACAUCUUGCAAGAAGCAGAAACGAGAUACUCCUUGAUAGAAAAGUUGGGAUUGGCAGUGCUGAUUGCAGCCAGAAAACUGAGACCCUACUUUGAUGCACACGGAAUUAAAGUCCUCACAAACUACCCACUGGAGAAAGCAAUGCAAAAAAUGGACACAUCAGGUAGACUCCUAAAAUGGGCGAUUGAACUGUCAGAAUUUCACAUGGAAUAUCGGCCUAGAACAGCUAUAAAAGCCCAAGCACUGUCUGACUUCAUAGUCGAAGCAUCAUAUCAGGAGGAGGAAAUAGAGGAAGGAAAAUGGGAAGUAGCAGUAGACAGCUCUGUUACCAAGUCAGGGGCAGGAGCAGGGGUAAUAAUUACUUCACCAGAAGGAGACCAGUUCGAGUAUGCUAUUAAGUUCUCUUUCCAGGCAUCAAACAACGAGGCAGAAUACGAAGCUGCAAUUGCUGGCAUACAAAUCUGCAUGGCGGCUGGUGCUCGUAGGCUCAUACUCACAACCGACUCACAGUUGGUAGCAAACCAGAUCUCAGGAGAGUAUGAAACGAAGGAAGAAUCCAUGAAACGAUAUGCCGAAAAGCUUAAACAGUCAGUGGCACAGUUGGAAAGUUUUGAAAUAGAAUUAGUGCCCCGAUCAGAGAACAUGUUGGCAGACUCCCUGUCAAAACUGGCCAGCUCAAGUGUUAUGAUCAAAUCAGUAAUGAUGGAAGUCAUGCAUCGAAGGAGUACGGAGAUAGUGGGGAAAGAGGUCAUGGUAAUCACGAGCCAACCUGAAUGGUAUGACACUAUGUGGACAUACAAGAGAGAUGGAACACUGCCUACAGAAAAAACGGAGGCAAGAAGGUUGAUUAGAAACUCAUGCUGGUUCAUAAUCAUCAGAGGUCAACUCUAUAAACGGGGUUUCAGCUUGCCUUUGUUACGAUGCAUAUCAGCGUAUGAAUCGGCACGACUGAUAGAAGAAAUGCAUGAGGGAAUUUGUGGAAAUCAUCAGGGAGGAAAAACCCUUGCACUGGUAUGCCAAAGGCAAGGAUACUACUGGCCGACAAUGUUAACAGACGCACAAGAGUACGUCAAGAGAUGUGAAAAAUGUCAAGUUUUCUCGACAGUCAUCAAUCGUCCUGCAAACGAUCUCAUGCCAAUCCUAAAUCCAAUACCGUUCGCCCAGUGGGGAAUGGACAUUCUGGGACCAUUCACAACGGCAUCUGGUGGAAGAAAAUUUCUGAUAGUGGCAGUUGAUUAUUUCACCAAAUGGAUAGAAGCAGAACCAGUGGCAAAGAUAACUGCAAAUCAGGUCAAAAAGUUCAUAUGGAAAAAUAUAAUCACUAGGUUUGGAUUACCAAUGGCAAUCGUUAUGGACCACGGGGUACAGUUUGAUUGCUCGCCAGUACAAAGUUUCUUGAGUCUGUACAAAGUAAAAUUUGCCUACUCUUCUGUUUGCCAUCCUCAAAGCAAUGGGCAGGCAGAAGCUGCCAACAAGCAGAUACUGGCAGCAAUGAGAAAGAAGCUGGAUGACUAUAAGGCUGGUUGGGCCGAUAUUGUUCCUGAAAUACUCUGGGGAAAUAGAACCACCGUUAAGGAAGCAACGGGAGAGAGCCCAUUCCGCCUAUGUUUCGGAUCAGAAGCAGUGAUACCAGCAGAAGUAGGGUUACCCACAUUCAGGAUCCAGCAUUAUGAAGAAGACAAGAACGGCCAAUUGUUAAGGCAGGAGCUGGAUUUCCUCCCAGAGAUCAGACUCAGAGCAGAAAUCAGGUCAGCAGCAUACAAACAGCGUAUAAGUAACACUUACAACAAAAGAGUAAAACACAGGCAGCUGGAAGUAGGAGACCCGGUGCUCCGUAGAACUGCAGCUACGGGCAAGGCAAAGGUUCAAGGAAAAUUAACCCUAAACUGGGAAGGGCCCUAUCAGAUAUGGGAAGAAAUCGUACCAGGAGCUUUUAGGCUGAUGGAUAUGGGGGGAGUCGCAUUGAAAAACUCGUGGAACGUCAGCGUCCUUAGAAAGUUUUAUGUGUAA